GCCUCUGCUUGGGCUGGACUGCCGCGGAGGAGGCGACGAGGGUUUCGGCGCUGGGGGGCUGGCUUGGGCGGCAGCGGCGGCUGCUGCGGAUGGGAGCGGGCCGGCUCGGCGUGCCCAUGGAGCGCCACGGCAGAGCGGCCGACACCUCCGCCUCGGCGGGGGAGCCGGCGCCCGAAGGGCCUGAUGGGCGGCGGCGGGAGCUGCUGCGGCGCCGGGCGAGUAGCGCGUCGGAGCCCCCAGUCGGGUCCUCUGCCUCGGCUUCGGUAGAGGGCAUUAGGCGAAACCGGCCCGGCUCCUACAGCGGCGCUCCCUCGGCCUCCCGCCAGCGCGUGGAAAGCCUCAGGAAGAAGCGGCAGCUUUUUCCAUGGUUUGGCUUGGAUAUUGGUGGAACCCUGGUUAAGCUGGUUUAUUUUGAACCCAAAGACAUCACUGCUGAAGAAGAAGAAGAAGAGGUGGAAAGUCUUAAAAGCAUUCGGAAGUACCUGACCUCCAAUGUGGCUUAUGGGUCCACAGGUAUUCGGGAUGUGCACCUGGAGCUGAAGGACCUGACUCUGUGUGGACGCAAGGGCAAUCUGCACUUUAUACGCUUUCCCACUCAUGACAUGCCUGCUUUUAUUCAGAUGGGCAGAGAUAAAAACUUCUCGAGUCUUCACACUGUCUUUUGUGCCACUGGAGGUGGAGCGUACAAAUUUGAGCAGGAUUUUCUCACAAUAGGUGACCUUCAGCUUUGCAAACUUGAUGAACUAGAUUGUUUAAUAAAAGGAAUUUUAUACAUUGACUCAGUUGGAUUCAAUGGACGGUCACAGUGCUAUUACUUUGAAAACCCUGCUGAUGCUGAGAAAUGUCAGAAGUUACCAUUUGAUUUGAAAAAUCCAUACCCUCUGCUUCUGGUGAACAUUGGCUCUGGGGUUAGCAUUUUAGCAGUAUAUUCCAAAGAUAAUUACAAGCGGGUCACGGGUACCAGUCUUGGAGGAGGAACUUUUUUUGGUCUCUGCUGUCUUCUCACCGGCUGCAGCACUUUUGAAGAGGCUCUGGAAAUGGCAUCUCGUGGAGAUAGCACCAAAGUGGAUAAACUAGUUCGAGACAUUUAUGGAGGGGACUAUGAGAGGUUUGGACUGCCGGGCUGGGCUGUGGCAUCCAGCUUUGGAAACAUGAUAAGCAAGGAGAAGCGAGAGGCUGUCAGUAAAGAGGACCUCGCCAGAGCAACGUUGAUCACCAUCACCAACAACAUUGGCUCAAUAGCAAGAAUGUGUGCCCUUAAUGAAAACAUUAACCAGGUGGUAUUUGUUGGAAAUUUCUUGAGAAUUAAUACGAUCGCCAUGCGACUUUUGGCAUAUGCUUUGGAUUAUUGGUCCAAGGGGCAGUUGAAAGCACUUUUUUCGGAACACGAGGUAAGCGGACUUAUUUCUCGCGAUGUGUUACGAGUGUAAAGGGCAUGCAGUUCCCACCGCUUGGAACUUGAAGUAGAUGUGAAAUGGACUGCACUGCAGUUCUUACUUAAUUUUUUGUAGACGUAUGAUAUAGGGUUUAACUUUGUAAUGUUCAAAAGCAAUUUCUUACCUGAUUUACUGCAAGGGAAAUUUUUGGUUAACUGUGAAUGUCAGCAAUUU